CAGUUUAAGCACUAACUCAGUCAUUCUCUUCUCGCAUUCAGUAAGUUGGUCUUCUUCGGCAUAUUUCCGCUAGAUUUUUGUUCGUCGGUCUUACUUGUCCCAUCUUGGCAUUCGAGCAUUCCGCUAGCUUACAAUGGCAUCCAUGACGGCCGUCAACUCUUCAUUACUCUCUGCGGUAGCUGUGUGCUCGGUACCCAAGUCCGCAGCAGCUUUCUCCUCAUCCAGCUCCGUGAGCUUGGGAUCCAGCUCUAGGCUCAGGUGCGUCCGUUUGACGAAGGUUUCGGCGCCUCUAUCGAGGCCAGCGUUCGUCGUCCGUGCUAAAGAUGAUGGCUCCAACGUAGUCGAUGCGGUGAAGGAGGGAGCCGAUCAGGCUGCACAGAAUGUGAAGAGUGGUGUCAACAAGGCCGGCGAGUUCGUCUCUGACUCCGCCAGUAACAUCAAGGAAGGGGCUCAAGAUGCUGUGGAGACUGUGAAGGACAAGGCCAGUGACCUCACGGGGCAGGCCAAGAGCGCGAGCCAGGACUUGGGCAACAAAGCCGAGGACGUUAAGAACCAAGCAGGAAGCAAAGUGGAGGAGACUAAGGACAGUCUCAAGGAGGGAGCUGACAAAGCCACCAACCAAGCUCAAGAUGUUGGAAAAGAUCUCCAGGGAAAAGCCGAUGAUGCUACAUCUUCUGCCAAGUCUGGCUUCAAGGAUGCAUCCAGGCAAGCUGAAGGAUCCGUGAGAGACGCAUCGGACAAGGCCAAGUCCGGAUUGGACGACGCUUCGAGCAAGGCUAAGUCCGGAAUUGACAAUGCUUCCAGGUAGACAGACACAAAGAUCUUCAAAUGGCGGGGAAGAACUAGAUCCGCGAACUGCCCUCAGACCAGAGAGACGUGUCAAUUACGUAGUGUACAUAGCUAUGUCGGCGGACUGUAAGUCCAAGGCAGCUGGAACAAUUCCCGCUGCCGAAGAGAUCUUGUUCAGCUCUCCGAAGUGUCUUGGACACUGAUGGGAGUUUGAAUUGUACACAUUGUUCUCAUACCUUGUGAUAUAAAUUGCACUCGAAUUUAA